GUCUCCUUGAAAUUGACGAGGUUGCUAACCUUGCAAAGGAUGUUGUUGAGGUUGGGGCUGAUACCCCGCUUGAGUUUGCUCAUGAGUGCAUGUCAGUUGGGGGCCCAGGAUUUGACAUUCUUAGGGCCAAGGAUGUUGGUUCCAUUAAGCCUUUUAAGCCACUGCAAAUGCCUUUGUCACAGAUGAGUUUCUCUGGGAGAGGCAUACCAGAGUGGGGAAUUGCAGGAACUAUUGGAGAAGACAAUGUGUUCUUGACAAGCUAUGCCAUGAUACAAGUACCCUUUUUCAAUCUGGUCAAUCUAUUCAAGAGAAAGUUUAGAAGCUAUGUGAGUUUCAUUUGGGACAGCUUUUUUAGUGCUUUUUAAAGUACUUUUUAGUGUAAAGUUAUUUUAGAAAGUAGUAAAAAAAUUAUUCCAAACGAAAUCCUAUCAUCAUUAUACUGUUCAUCAACAUCAUUGGCCAUCAUCAUAACUUGCUAUCAUCAUCUUAUGCAAUAUGUAAUGGGAAAAAAAAUCACUUAUUGAAUGUCAAAUACUUUUUAUUUUGUAUAAAAAAUAUAAAGAAAAUAAAAACAUUAAGUGAUCUCAAGUA